CAAACGUCGAGUUGACAUUAAGUUAACACUAAAACACUUCUAUAAUUUAUAUUUAUUUCGGCAAUUGUCGCUUUUUUGUUUCUUGUACUGGCUCUUGUUAUUGAUAAUGGACUCGCUGUAAUAUUGCCACGAAAGUAAAACUUUUAACCAGUGUAAUGUGUUUUUAAUAUAGAACGAAAUCGUGUUAUAAUUCGUACCAAAUUCUGUUUACAAACUAUUGCUAUGACAGAGGGACAGCGUAGUGAAAAACUUGAAAUGAUAACUCUUCACAAGAUAUUAUUUUCUAUUUGUGCCUUUUCCUUCAUUUAUAAGUAUUAUACUAUAACAACGCCUAACAUAGUACAAAUAAAAGACCCACAGUUCAGUGUGCUGGGGCCAUACAACAGAACUCAAUGCGCAGUUGAUGAUAAAUACGAUCAAUUGAUAAAUUUAAACAAAUUUUCGUUUAAAAUUAAUCCACAACCAUGCGGAGAUUACCCUGCUGGUCUAUUGCUUAUGAUUAUUAUAUCUUCAAACCCAAAUAACGUCGAGAACCGAAUGAUAAUACGCAGUACUUGGGGACGAAAUGUUGAUUCAACAAGAGUCGUGUUUUUGAUGGGCGAGUCAGAAAAUUUGACUCUCUCUAACCAAAUCAAGAAUGAGAGUAUGAAAUUUGGGGAUAUAGUUCAAGGAAACUUCAUAGAUGUGUACAGAAACAUGACCUACAAACAUGUAAUGGGUUUAAAAUGGAUUGUGCAUCAUUGUUCGAAGGCUAAGUAUAUUUUGAAGACUGAUGACGAUGUUGUGGUGAAUUCCCGGCAUAUGAGACACUUCUUGACUAGAGAGUUGUCUCCAUGGGGGGCUAGAGACCUGAUAACAUGCCAAGUUCUAGAACAUGCUAAAGUACAGAGGUCGCAAAAAUCUAAAUGGAUGGUAACUUGUGAUGAAUAUGCUGCUCAUUAUUAUCCAACAUAUUGUGCAGGUUGGGCCAUUUUAUACUCACAGGAUGUAGUACCACGGUUACUGAAAGCUGCUCAAUCAACACCAUAUUUCUGGAUUGAUGAUGUUCACAUAACUGGAGUGAUUGCUCAAAAGAUCGGCAUACCUCGAACCUCACUAUCCAGCCUAAUAUUAAGUCAAGGUAAAGUUAACAUGUUGAAAGUGUUGGGCCCGGAGUAUGUUGGACCAUUCGUACUGGGACCACCAGAUUUGACUUCGGACAGAAUCAUGGAAAUAUGGAAAGCUAUUCCAGAAUAAUUCUAGGUUCCCAUACACACUUUGAUGUAUGAACCUUAACUUAUUAACAAUGUAUUUUAAAUUAUUGGUGUCAUAUUUUAUUACUAUAGCACUAUGCAUUUUGUGUAGUUUUAAAAAGACAAACAAUAUAGAGUGAUUUAUUUUAUAAGUUUUGUAUUAACCUAUUUUAGGUGUUAUAAUGAUAGACUGCAAAGCAGUGGAAGCGUUAUAAGUAAGCCUUAUAUUGCAUUUACUUAAUUUAUGAUGUCACUUUCAGUAUUUUAAGUCGACUAAAUAUUAAAACAAUAUUUAAAAGUCAUUGUUGUAUAUAUGGUGUGUAUUUUAUAGUACAAUUAAUAAUGAAUAGGAACUGGUUUUUUUUUAAUCGAAUUAAGUAUUUAU